AUGCACAGACGUUCGUCUGGCUCCCCUGUCGCGGACGACACUGAAGAUUCCUCGGCUCGGUCAGACGAUCAUGGCUCCAAUGCCAUCGACGCCCCAAACGAUAAAUCGCGGUCCCAGAUAGCUCGUCACGGUACCAGUUUUGAUCUUCGCCGAGACAACGGUAGCUCCACGCCGCGCUCGCGGAACUCAAGCCUGUGGCGCACACCUUCAACUCAGCCGUCCAACGAUACCAAACCCAUGCCAUUGGGCUCCCCGAGGCUUCCCAUGGAGGCCCCCUCCCCUGAGGGCCGUCGCGCGCGCCAAUCCCGACAGCGCAGCCCCUGGUCGUUAUCUAUUCUUACCAUUUGCACCACCUUCGCCGCCAUCGCGUUCUUGUUAUCCGUCGUCCACUCGUUCACCGGUCGGCAUACCGGAGGAGAUGGCUGUGGGGUACCGAUGAUGAGCCCGACGUUUAUUCGUAUGGUGGAAUUCGAUACGGAGCAUACCCGGUUCGCGAGCAAGUAUAAUUUAUUCCUCUAUCGGGAGGAGGGUGUAGAUCCAUAUACCCAGGAUAACAUUGGGUUAAACGGUGUACCGGUUCUCUUCCUUCCCGGAAACGCGGGCAGUUACCGACAGGUCCGGUCUCUGGCUGCGGAGGCGUCACGGCAUUACUACGAUGUGGUACGACACGAUGAGGAGCGACAUGCGGCCGGCACCCGGAGCUUGGAUUUCUUCAUGGUGGAUUUCAAUGAGGAUAUGGCCGCUUUUCACGGACAGACCUUGUUGGACCAGGCAGAGUAUGUGAAUGAAGCGAUUGCAUACAUUCUCUCACUCUACCAUGACCCCCAACGGACUCGACGAGACCCCGGACUGCCAGACCCGAGUGCUGUGAUUUUGAUUGGACACUCGAUGGGUGGAAUUGUCGCACGCACCGUCUUGACGAUGGCUAACUACCAGGCUAACUCGAUCAACACGAUUAUUACCAUGUCUGCGCCGCAUGCGAGACCCCCGGUAUCGUUUGACUCCGACAUCGUCCACACUUAUAAACAAAUCAACGACUACUGGCGUGAGGCUUACUCGCAGACUUGGGCCAACAACAAUCCAUUAUGGCAUGUUACUUUGGUUUCCAUCGCGGGUGGCUCGCGCGAUACCGUAGUACCGUCUGACUACACCAGUAUUUCUUCUCUUGUACCAGAAACACACGGGUUUACGGUGUUCACAUCUUCAAUUCCCGACGUGUGGAUUGGCAAUGAUCAUUUGUCGAUCACUUGGUGUGAUCAAUUCCGCAAAGCCAUCAUCAAGUCGCUUUUCGAAAUUAUCGAUGCUCGACGUCCGACUCAAACAAAGCCCCGGGCAGAGCGUAUGCGGGAGCUUAAGCGGUGGUACUUGACUGGCUUGGAAGAUGUUUCUGAGAGAACCCUUGCUCAAAAAGAACCCAAUACGCUCUUAACUCUCGAGGACAACGCAAACACCAUCCUUGCUUUAGGUCAACGGCUUAUCUUGCGUGAAGUGGGCCAGCGACACGGUCCGGAUGUUCGCCUUCUGCCGAUUCCACCCCAGGGUGUUGCAGGCAAGAAGUUCACCCUUAUCACCGACCAAGGAAUUGGUGCUAAGAGCAGCAUCGAAGUUCUCUUUUGCAGCGUCUUUCCUCUGAACAAUGGCCGUUCAAAUAUUUUCUCCAUGAACAUGGAUUUCUCGGGUGGCACCGCGGGAUCCACCCGAAUGGCCUGUAAGAGUGCAUCAGGAGAUGUGAUUCAUUUGCCUGCUUCUACCCCUUCGUCGAAGCACGCUUAUGACCGUGUGCCACCAUUCUCCUAUCUCCAAUACGAUCUAGAGAGUCUAGCAGAACAUCAAUUUGUAGCCGUUGUGGACAAGGCCAGCGUGCCGGCUCCAGGCUUCUUGGUUGCUGAAUUUUCUGAUAGCUCGGACUCAGUGAUUCGUGCCAAGGUGGGAUUGGGUAGUUUGCUGAGCGCAGGAAUUAAAAUGCGACUCCCUGCCAAUCGACCCAUGCUCACCGAGGUCAAGAUCCCAGCGUUGUACUCCAGUCUUUUGGAUUACCGUCUUAAAAUCACAAGACAUCCUCAACAGGACGAGCUUUUUGCUCCACUGUUGAGACAGUCUAUUGCUGAUCCUCAUGAAUCUAAGUUCUUUGUGAAUGUUGACCAGGUCAAUGUCAAUCUUCACGGUGCUGCUCCGUUCAUGCCGCCUCCUCUCCGCGACCUGGCCGCGCAGAACGGCGUGUCAUUCCAAUUGUGGACUGACCCAAGCUCCGGAUCUACGGUUGAUAUCUCGCUGCAGGUUGACAUUAAGAGCAGUCUCGGUGAGCUUGUGAUGCGAUACCGCACCAUCUUUGCGGCAUUCCCAUUGCUGGUUGUGGCCCUCGUGCUCCGCAAACAAUUCCAGGUUUACGACGAGACGGGUUAUUUCAUUCCCUUCAAUGACGGACUCGAUCGAGCUUUGCGCACUUCUCUCCCCCUUCUAUUGGUAGCUAUGUCGCUCUUGGCGUCUUCCCUCGCUACCUCUAAGGCGCUUCCCCAAUCCGAUGACCCAUUCCAUUUCCGAACAAAUUCUACGGAAAGUCCCGUCGAUUUCACCAAAAACGAUCUUCUAUUGGGAUCACAAGACGCGUUCUUCUGGUUCCUUGUUCCAAUUUUUGGAGCCAUUAGUGUUGGCGCCUGUGUAUUGGUCAACUAUGUGGCUCUUUUCUUGGUUAAUAUCUUCUCUUUGAUGUAUGGAGCUGUUAACAGCAAGUCGGGUUAUAUUAGACGCGAAGACCGAGGGAGUCUCCCGAUCUUCAGUACUCCUACGCCUCGGCGACGUGUCAUACACACUGCAAUCUUGCUGAUCCUCGUUUCCACAAUCAUUCCGUAUCAGUUUGCCUACAUGGUGGCCUGUAUUGUGCAGCUUGCGACGUGUGUGCGUGCCCAGUGGCACGUUAAGGAAACACGAUCCUCCUCUCACCUCAACUUCGGCAAUUACGCCCACUCCAUCCUAAUUCUCAUGCUAUGGAUUCUACCUAUCAACGUCCUGGUUCUCCUAGUCUGGGCCCACAAUCUCGUGGUGCACUGGUUCAUGCCUUUCUCUUCCCAUCACAACGUUCUGUCUAUCAUGCCAUUCCUUCUCCUGGUUGAGACCAUGACCAGUGGCGCUAUGAUUCCACGCAUCACUACUCGCUUCAAACAUGUCACCUCAGUGAUCUUCUUUGCGAUCGCCAUGUACUCGGCGGUCUACGGAGUCACCUACGCAUACCUGCUCCACCAUCUUGCCAACCUCCUGGCAGCAUGGUUCGUCGGUAUUUACUUAUUCGGCAAUAACUUUUCCCCGCGGCGUCUGUGGCGUAUCAUCGAUGGCGACGAGCUCCCCUCUGAAACUGGAAGUCGCCACGUCAAGAAGAAGCCAUGA